AUGCACGAAAGAAUCUUAAAAGGUCGUGGGUUAAGCGUUCAAGGAGAACGAGAAAAAGCAAAUAUAGCUGUGGAUUUAUCGCUACUGAAGCAUUACGGUGUCUCAAUACUGCAGGAAAAGUGGGUGCAUGAGAGAAGAGAAGUGGACGAAGUCAUCGAUCUGGUAGUGGUGGACAGUAUCAUACAUAAAGAAGUGCUAAAUCAUGAGUUGCUGGAUGCGUGUUUUCAAUAUGCAAAAGAAAAAGGUACAUAUCAGUAUGAGGUGCUGUUCAAGAAACUACAACAGUACUACAGCGACAAAAAGCUCGCAGUACUGUUUGUGGAGGCAGGCAAAAGCAGUAAUUUGCUAGAGCAUUCAAAUGAAUUGGUGAAGUUAUUGCACCAAAAGUGGAGACAGACUUCGCUGUAUGUUCAAUUUCGGCGUCUAGAGCUUAGCAACAAAACGCCAAGUACUCUUCUUGAAAGUUCGCCACUGCUGACUUGGGUCGAGUAUGGGAACUUGCUAAACGUUGAACCGUAUCAGUUCUUGCUAGACACAAUGUUGCCCACGAACAGCUUUAGUUUAGCAAAGACUCUUGCAGACCAUCGUGCUGGUAAAAACGGUGCCAUUGUGAUAGAUCUGGAAGACAUUAUGUUGAACAAGUGGGUGGAGGAUGCUGGGAACACGGGCGACGGUGUUUUCGAGCUGCUUCAGAUCAAGCAACAAGGCAAAGAGUUGUUGCUUGGUCCACUAUGGGACACAUGGAUUUUUUUCAUGACGAAGAAAUACGAUGAAGGCGCUGAAGAUACUGCAUACAAAGUGCUGCAGAGCCACUUAAGAUUGGGUCAAGUUGAUUGCUCAAGCUAA